CUAGAGCGAGUGGCGGGCGCGGUCGACGGCCUCGUGUUCCCGCGUAGACCGCCGCCCGUGUGGUGCAGUCCGGCGGCGCUUCCCCGCGGGAUCGGGCGCGACCAUGGGUAAUCUCUGCGUGAACGCGAAGAACGUCGAGGAGAAGAAGGUCUCCGAGAGCGCCCGCGAGAGCGACAAGACGCCGCAGCAGAAGAAGUACCCGUACAACUGGCCCGUGGGCGCGGAGCAGGUGGGCUACCUGACGGAGCGGCAGGUCAAGGCGCGGCUCAAGACGCAGACGGAGCAGGUCGUGGACCUCCCGGACGGGUACCGGUUCCGGUGGGCGGCGGCGUCGCAGCGGGGCUACUACCCGAGCCAGGCGGACAAGGCGAACCAGGACUCGUUCGCGGUGCACAUCGACAUGAACGGCACGGGCAAGCACUGGUUCGCGGUCUACGACGGCCACGGCCCCGUCGGCGAGAAGUGCUCGUCGUUCGCGUGCGAGCACGUCGCCAAGGAGUUUUCGAAGGCGCUCAAGGACGGCGCGGACGCGCGGACGGCGCUGUCGACGAGCCACGUGAAGACGAACAAGAUGCUCGCGGCGAACUCGAGCAUCGACGACCAGCAGAGCGGGACGACGGCGAUCACGCUCUACAUGGACGGCCGCGACCUGCUCAUCUCGAACGUCGGCGACAGCCGCGUCAUGCUCGGCUCCGUCGGCGACGACGGCGGCCUCGUGACCAAGUCGAUCUCGACGGACCAGACGCCCUACCGGCGCGACGAGCGCGAGCGCGUGAAGAAGUACGGCGCGCGCGUCAUGACGGCGGACCAGAUCGACGGCGUCGAGCCCAUCCACGAGAACUGGGACUGCAAGCUCGGCGACGAGAUCGACGACGGCGGCGACCCGCCGCGCAUCUGGGCCCAGGACCAGGAGUACCCGGGCACGGCCUUCACGCGGUCCAUCGGCGACUCGCUCGCGGAGAGCCUGGGCGUCAUCGCCGAGCCGGAGAUCGACGGCCACAAGCUCGGGCCCAAGGACCGCGUGCUCAUCGCGGCGUCCGACGGCAUCUUCGAGUUCAUCACGACGAGGAGCUGCAUCGAGACGGCCCUCCUCUACAGCGACCCCCUCGAGGCGUGCAAGGCGCUCGUCGGCGAGUCGUACAAGCUCUGGAUCGAGCGCGAGGACCGCACGGACGACAUCACGAUCAUCCUCGGCUUCGUCGAG